AUGCAUCUCAAGCCGCUUGCCGUGGCGUCCUUGGCAGUCUCUGCCCGUGUCGUUGCCCACCAGUAUGCCAUCUCGGCCUCGACCGGCUUCAAAGGUUGCGAUGCGCUCCUGGGUGCUGGCCUUGAAGAUAUUUUAGUCUUCCCCGAAGACGUCGCAUACGAGGACAGUGUCUCGACCUACUACUCGUCGGAGAAUCGCCGCCUUCGGCCAGUCUGUAUUAUGCAGCCUCUCUCAACUGAGCAUGUCUCCAAGACGGUCAAAGCUCUGAGCGGGGUGAGCGGUGCCGGAAACUGGGACAUUGCCGUCCGAUCUGGUGGUCACAGCGACUAUGACAACAAUGCCCGUGAUACUAGUGAGUGGACGGGCAAGAGUAUACUCACCAAAUCUAUCGCCCAAAUCCGACCAGGGGCGCGAUGGGGAUCGGUAAUGACCUACCUCGAGGAGUACAACCUGGGAGUUACAAGCGGCCGUUCAGCUUAUGUGGACGUGAGCGGCCAGCUCGUCUCAGGCGGCGCUUCUUACCACACCCAGCUCUGGGGUCUAUCGUGCGACAACGUCGUCAACUAUGAAGUCGUCCUAGCUGAUGGAUCUAUCGUUGAAGCGAAUGCGAAGCAUAACAAGGAUCUCUACAAGGCUCUGAAGGGUGGCGGCAGCAACCUGGGCAUCGUCACUCGCUUCGACUUGCGGACCUUCACUGUUCCCCCCUCUGGUGCCUUUGGAGGCCUGCUGUUCACCUCGUGGGACAACUUGGACGUCGUCAAUCGGCAGUUCGUCGAAUGCGCCAGCUCCAUCGGCUCGGGUAACCCCGACCAUCAGUUUGUCGUCUAUCGAGCCGAUGAGGGUAACCUUUCCGUCAUGGUCAUGGCGGUCAGCACAGACGGAGACGAGGAUUCCUCCACAUUCAACUCCUUCAACACUAUCUCACUAACCAGAGACUUGAGGAAAAAGCAACCCAUCAGCAGCAUUGCCGCAUCCAUCGCCGAUACUGGCGGCUCGCACUACAUCCCAUUCACCCUGACUCUCCAAGCCACCGCCGACAUCAUGAAGAAGGCCUCGGACAUUUUUACAAGUCUGGCGCAAGACCUGUCAAACUCAAACAUCCCAGUAUCUCCCGCCUUUGUCUUCCAGCCUCUCCCAAAGAAGCUCGCUUCGGUCAAACCCGGCAACAACCUCCUCGCCCUUGACAAGAACCUGCCAGCCGAUUCGAUCCUCUUCGAGGCCAGAGGUACCCUGGCCGCUAGCGAUGCCUCUUAUGAAGGUGUCGUGCGACGCAAGAUAGGUCAGGCGAUCGAAGAGUUGAGGGCGUACUCUGCGUCGCAGGAUGGCCAUUCCGAGUACCUCUACAUGAACUACGCCAACCCUGAACAGGAUGUCAUUGGAUCGUACGGCUCGAAAAGCGCAAAGUUUCUGAAAAAGACGGCCGCCAAGUAUGACCCGACCGGCUUCUUUCAAUACCGCAUUCCUGGCGGGUGGAAGGUCAAUCGCGUGCUGUAA